AUGGACGAUGCUGGAUCAGCCCCCAGCCACAGCCGAUCCGUCUCCAUCCCACCCGCCGAAGCUGCGUCCCGCCACCUCGAGCUCGCCCUCCAGAGAGUGGUAAACCAAAGAGCCAAGAGCAACAGGGCUGCGCACACAGCAAAGAUGAUAGAGCAACGACAGGCUGCGACAGAGACGGCCGUAUCGGCGCCUGGAAAGGUGCUGCUUGCGGGCGGCUACCUGGUCCUGGACAGGGACUACACGGGGACUGUUUGUGCCCUGGAUGCCAGGAUCCAUGUGGUGGUGCAACAACAGAGCGUCAAGAGACGGCCGUCUGCGGCGGAGACACAGACAGAGGGCCAUUCACAGCUGAACAGCGGCCAGGCAGCGGGAGAAGGAGCCGUGGGAACAGCUGAAAUCCCGCCUGCUGCUAUCGUCAACGGCGGGGCGCAGGAGGAAGCGGUGCAGGAUACGGUCACCGUCAGGUCACCGCAGUUUGUUGAUGCCGUAUGGAAGUACAAGAUCCAACGAUCUGACAACGGAGGCGGUGUCAGGGCCGUCCAAUGUGACGACGGGCCCCGAAAUCCAUUCGUCGAGACUUCUCUGAACUACGCGCUGACAUACGUGAGCUAUGUUUCUGCCUCUCAUAAUAUUGGUUCCCUUGUCGUGACCAUACUCGCGGACGAUGACUAUUACUCUGAAACCACUGCGAGCGGUUCUUCCAAUAGCGGGUAUGCAGGAUUCAAAAAAUUUGGAGUACGGCUGCAGGAUGCGCAUAAGACAGGCCUAGGCUCGUCCGCCGCACUGGUAACCGCUUUAGUAUCUGCCCUGGUCGUUCAUCGGACCGUUCAGCCCGAAAAGCUCUCCCAGAACAAAGCAAAAUUACAUAACUUGGCUCAAGCUGCACACUGCGCCGCACAGGGGAAGAUAGGCUCUGGUUUCGAUGUUGCUGCCGCUGUUUACGGGUCGUGCUACUACAGACGGUUCUCUCCGUCUGUACUUGCUGGCCUGGGUGAACCUGGCUCGGCCGGGUUUGAAGACCGCCUGUUUGCCGUCGUGGAAGAUGUCAACGCAGGUGCUCCAUGGGACACCGAGUGCCAUGAUGUUGGAUUCAAGCUACCCAUGGGUAUACGAAUGGUCCUCUGCGACGUUGACUGCGGCUCCCAGACUCCAGGCAUGGUGAAAAAGCUCCUUCGCUGGCGAGACGAAAACCGUGAAGAAGCGGAUAUCAUAUGGGCUAAUCUGCAACUAAACAACGAGAAGAUACGGUUUGAACUGAGGAAAUUGCUCCACAGUCCGGGAGCAGAUUUCAACGAGCUGCGUAACCUGCUGCUCAAGUCGAGGAUGUGGAUUAAAACAAUGACAAAGAAGAGCGAAGUCCCCGUUGAGCCAAUGGUACAGACAGAGCUAUUGGAUUCACUUGGUAAACUGGAUGGUGUUAUUGGCGGUGUUGUCCCGGGUGCGGGGGGCUACGACGCUAUUGCCCUUCUCAUGAUAGAUGACCCGGAGGUCUACAAUGAGGUCCGCGCGCACCUUAAGGACUGGCAUAGUACCGUCGAGGAUGACUUUGGUGGCAAGAUCGAAAGAGUCCGCCUUCUUGGGGUCGGUUAUGGUUCUGAGGGCAUCCUGAACGAGCUGCCGGUCCGGUAUAGCGGAUGGAUAUAG